AUGGAACUGGCAUCAAUAUCUUUCUGGUCCAAUUACCUUCCAAUCUUCUCAAUCUUGUUUGUAAUUCUCUUGAUCACAAAGUUCAUUCUCACAAAAAAACAUGCUAAAAAGUUUCCACCGAGUCCUCCCUCACUACCACUUAUAGGCCAUCUCCAUCUCCUAAAGCAACCACUUCACCGAACCCUACACCACAUGGCCCAAAAAUACGGUGACGUAUUGCUCCUCCGAUUGGGAACCCGCAACGCCCUCGUGGUGUCCUCGUUCUCGGCGGCCGAAGAAUGCUUCACGAAAAACGACGUCGUCUUCGCCAACCGGCCUCGGACACUCGCGGGGAAGCAUCUUAACUACAAUAGCAAGACCAUGGGAUUCUCCAACUACAACGACCACUGGCGUAGCCUUCGCCGUCUCACCACUCUUGAGCUCUUGUCCGCAAACCGCCUUUUGAUGUUCUCCGGAAUUCGACAUGAGGAGACUAAGCUAAUGGUGAAGCAACUAUUGAAAGAACACUGUUACUACUCGAGUGAUCACGAUGAAUCUGAUCAUAAUAAUAAUAAUAAUAAUAAUUAUACAAAAUGGACAAGAGUAAAGCUGAGACCAAAGAUCGUUGACCUUGUAUUCAACAUCAUGAUGAAGAUGAUCGCCGGAAAGCGGUACUACGGGAAUGAAGUUGUGGAGGAGGAAGCUAAGCAAUUCCAGUCGAUCAUGAGGGAGGUGUCGGGGCUUCUAGCGAGCUCAAACAUAAACGAUUUCUUGCCCUUUUUGCAGUGGAUAGAUUUUCAAGGAGUUGAGAAGAGGAUGACCAAUAGUAUGAAAAAGAUGGACAGCUUUUUCCAGAGCCUCGUCGACGAGCACCGGAAAAUACUAGAGAGGGCCGAGUCUGAUGCAAACGGCCAUGAUCAAAGGAACAUGACGUUUAUUGACCUAAUAUUGUCAUUGCAAAAGUCAAAUCCUCAAGAGUAUGACGAUGAGACCAUAAAAGGUCUUAUUUUGGCAAUGCUGUUUGCUGGGACCGACACUUCAGUAAUCACAAUUGAAUGGGCGAUGUCGCUUCUUCUGAAUCAUCCAAACGCAAUGCAAAGAGCUUUGGGUGAGAUAGAGGGCAAUGUGGGACAUGAACGGCUGAUGAACGAAUCAGAUUUGCCCAACUUGAAUUACCUACAUAACAUAAUCAACGAGACAUUUAGGUUGUUCCCAACAGUUCCAAUCAUAUUACCACACGAAUCCUCUGAGGAUUGCAAUGUCUCGGGAUUUCACGUACCAAAAGGGACCAUGUUGUUGGUCAACGCAUGGACUAUUCAUAGGGACGAGAAGUUGUGGGAAAAGGCGACUAGAUUUUGGCCAGAGAGAUUUGAAGGAGGUGAUGAUCAUACAGAAGUUGGGAAUAAGUUGCUUACAUUUGGUGCGGGAAGGCGGGUCUGUCCAGGGGCUCUUUUGGGGAGGCGAGUGGUGGCCUUAGCGUUAGGAUGCUUAAUACAGUCGUUUGAGUGGGACAGAAUUGGCGCACAGACUGUCGACUUGGCAGAGGAACUUGGCCUCACCAUGUCCAAAUUCCAGCCCUUGGAAGCCCUGUGCAAACCGCGCCAAGCUAUGAUCUGUACCCUCAACAAACUUUAA